GCAUUCAUGCCGGGGCAUCUCGGUGUGUUUUGAGCAUGUUUUGAGUGUGCUAAAACUGAAGCCAUCUUGGUGUAGCAUUUUUAUUGCGCUUCUAAUAUUUUUAAGCACUUUUUUAGACCACACAGAUUCUAAUGAGGUGAGCCUUGAACAUGCUGACGUCUAAAACUUUCGUAAAAAAAACCAAGAAAGGGAACGUGCUCAAAGUUGUCAGAGAACACUACCUUCGGGAUGACAUUUGGUGUGGAUCGAAACUUUGUACGAAAUGCAAGCAUGAAAAUCCCAAUCUCGAAUCGCUGCCUCAGAGUUUUAGCGAUCUCUUCCCAUCACCGCACUACGUUGUCCCUGACACUAACGUAGUUUUGCAUCAGGUAGAUGUUUUAAAAGAUGCCGUCUUCAAGAACGUCAUAAUACUACAGACAGUCCAGCAAGAGCUAAGACAUCGACAUGCUCCCGGCUACAACGCCAUCCGUGAAAUUCUGGCUAACAAGGAUCGGCACUUCUUUGUUUUUACGAAUGAGCAUCACAAGGAAACAUACAUAGAACGUGAAGCCGGCGAAAGUGCCAAUGAUCGCAAUGAUCGUGCUAUCCGCGCGAGCGUCAGUUGGUACUGCGAGCACUUGACAAAUAGAGUGGAUGUUGUGCUUCUUACCAACGACGAAGAGAAUCGCAGCAAGGCGCAGGCACAGGGUCUCAAGGCAUGCACAUUUGCAGAAUAUGUUCGCAGCCUGAAAGACCAUCCCGGCCUCCUGGACAAGCUUGCAAAACUGGAACUUGAUGAAGCAGCUAAAAAUGCUGAUCGCCGCUGCAUCUAUCCUGAACACUUGCCUCAGGCAGAACUGCACCUUGGCAUCAAGAGUGGGCGUUUUGAACAGGGAAAGUUUCAAGCUAGCCGUGACAACUACCUGGAAGGAAAUGUUGUAUUGGGUGAUAAUGAAGAAUCUCGCAAUGUAUUGAUCCAAGGUAGAAGCAACCUCAACAGAGCUGUUCAUGAGGACUUAGUUGUCGUGGAGAUUCUUCCUGAAGACAAGUGGUCACUACCAUCUGGACUUGUUCUCGUGGAUGAAACACAAGAUGAAGAAGAUAAAACAGAUGAAGAAGAAUCGGUGAAGCUAAAUCGUGUUCCUGCCAAAUCCAACCGGGUUCCAACUGGUCGUAUCGUGGGCAUCCUGAGGCGAAAGUGGAGGCCUUACUGUGGGAUUCUUGCACCAUCUACCAUCAAAGAGGCUACCCGGCAUUUAUUUGUGCCGGCUGAACGAAGAAUCCCCAAGAUACGCAUUGAGACACGGCAAGCAGAGACCCUGUGCCAUCAACGCAUUGUGGUCUCCAUUGACAGUUGGCCGAGAGACUCUCGAUACCCACUGGGCCAUUUGGUGCGCGCUCUUGGUGAAAUUGGAGACAGGGCCACUGAGAACCAAGUCCUUCUGUUAGAGCAUGACAUUCCACACCAGUGCUUUUCACGGGCUGUACUUGACUGCCUUCCCUCUACUCCUUGGACUAUUGGGCCUAAGGAGGAGCAAGGCCGCAAAGACCUGCGUCACCUGUGCAUAUGCAGUGUGGACCCUCCAGGUUGCACAGACAUUGACGAUGCCUUGCACUGCAGGGAGCUUCCCAGUGGAAACUACGAGGUCGGAGUCCAUAUUGCUGACGUCUCCCACUUUGUGCGACCUGGUACAGCCUUGGACCAAGAAGCAGCCAACAGAGGCACCACUGUUUACUUGGUGGACCAGAGGAUAGACAUGGUUCCAGAGUUGUUGAGCUCAGACCUGUGUUCCUUGCGAGGAGGAGAGGAGAGGUUGGCCUUUUCUGUAGUCUGGGAGAUAACACCAGAAGCCGAGGUGGUCAAUACGGACUUUCACAAAUCUAUCAUAAAGUCAAGGGCCGCACUAACAUAUGCUGAGGCCCAAGCACGCAUUGAUGACAAAGCCAAAGGAGAUGAGUUGACAUUAGGCUUGCGGGGUCUGAAUAAACUUGCCAAGCUGCUCAAAGCAAGACGAAUUGCAAAUGGGGCACUUACACUUGCCUCAACAGAGGUCAGGUUUCAUGUGGAUUCUGAAACUCACGACCCCAUUGAUGUCCAGACGAAGCAACUUUUGGAAACAAACUCAAUGGUGGAGGAAUUCAUGUUGCUGGCCAACGGCUCUGUGGCCAAGCACAUCUUCCAAGAGUUCCCUGAGUGUGCCUUGCUCAGACGACAUCCAUCACCUGCACCGGCGAAUCUGGAGCCUCUUGUAAAGGCUGGCUCGUCCAAGGGCUUUGAUCUGAAGGUGGACAGUGGGCUCCACCUGGCUGAGUCGUUGGACAAGGCAGUCCUGCCAGACUGUCCCUACUUCAACGUGAUGCUGCGCAUGGUGGCAACACGAUGCAUGGCACGGGCGCUCUACUUCUGCAGCGGCUGCGUUGCCCUGGAGGACUUCUUCCACUACGGUCUUGCCAUGUCCUACUACACUCACUUCACGUCGCCUAUUCGGAGGUAUGCCGACUUAAUGGUGCAUCGAUUGCUUGCUGUUUGUGUUGGGGCAGAGGGAACAUACCCACAGCUCGUCCACAAAGACAAAUGCCAGGAGCUGUGCAAUAAUCUCAACUAUCGUCACAAUAUGGCGCAGUACGCUGGCCGAGCAUCAGUGGCCCUUUACACCCAGGCGUUCUUCCAAGACAAAGUGGUUGAUGAGGAAGGAUAUGUGCUCUUUGUUCGUGAGAAUGCAGUGCAGGUUUUGAUGCCUCGUUUCGGCCUGGAAACAACAAUGUUUCUCAAGGAAGAGGGCUGGAAGUAUGACGAAGAGGCAUGUACGCAGUCGUAUGGGGACAUUACGUUGCAUCAGUUCGAUCAGCUGGUUGUGCAAGUCUCGGUGGACAGCCGUAACAUCCAACAUCAAAAAGUAGUGAUCAAGAUAGUGGAACCUAAGAUCCCCGGAGUGAGCGUCGAGCCGGCUGGACGCAGCGAGAGUUCCACUAAGAGCGUCGACGAUCCGCCACGCAAGAAGUCCAAGGUUUGCGUUUCGUGAUACGUCAAUAAAGAACUGUUUGUUCUUUUUUUUUAAGGCGCA